AUGAUGAGUCACGAGUCAGAGAAGAGAAAGAUGGCUGAAAAGGAGAAUGCUGAACUGAAAUCGCAGCUAAACCAGGCCAUCGCGGCUCUGCAGGCUCAUGCAAGCGCAACGGGGUCCGCCCCAUCUGCGCCACCGGGUCUGAUCCCUACCUAUCCCAUCAAUACUCCGCCUCAGGACGCCAAAGGGUCAAGGCCCCGACGCCACCCUGACGGGGGAGGCCCUGAUGGAGAUGAUGACGGCAGCGAUGAUGAUGACUCGAGCAGCAGUCAUAAGAAGAAAAAGAGCAAGAAGAAAGACAAGAAAAACAAGAAGAGGGAUUCCAGUUCCUCUUCUGAUCUCUCGCCCAAGCAGCUCAAGGCAAUCAUCAAGCAACUUGCCAAAGGAAAGACUAACGAGAAGGAGGAAGUUGAUGAGGAUGUAAACAAGACCAAAUCCAAGGAGGCCGAGAAGAUCCUGUUCCCCAAGUUCCCGACACCUGAACAGUACAGGAACUGGCGAAUUAGGGUUCGUGAAGCUGUAGUUGCAGCGUCCAAUAAGCCGGAUGAAGCUUUUGAAUGGCUUUCGAAGGUAUGGGACAAGGACUCUAAGGAAGAAGAGUUAAGGGACACAGGUGGCUUCUCUACUCUCGAUGCCAAGGUCUUGUCGGCAGUGACAAAUGUCCUUGAAGGUGACUUCGCGCGCCAAAUGGACACCCUCAAGGAGAGGGAGGCUCACGCCGGGAGGCUAGUGAGGGGUAGACAAAUCCUGUUUCUCCUUCAUCAGCACUUUGCUACAAACAUCCUACACAAUUCCGUGUAUGACAUGGAAGACCUCCUUUCAGUGACAUUGGUAAACGAAAACCUUGUGAUGUUCGUUAGGAACUGGGAUACGGUGCUUUCAGGCAUUCAGACCACCCCUGAAGACAAGGUUCUCGAACCGCUCUUUCAUAGGCAGGUAAAGAAAUGCAAAGCACUUCAGCACGAUAUUGCCAUCUAUGAAAGGGCUGCCGAAGGCUCCAGUGAAAGAUCGUUUAAAUUUCUCUACGACGCCGCCAAUAGCCACUUGAAUCGAAAAAGGCUCGAGAGGAACCGGGAGCGGAUUGCCAAGCAAACUGGAGCUCCUGCUGUUCCUACUGCGCCUGCACCCAAGAAAGUACCCAAAGGGUUUUGCAUCUCUUUUGUCAAGAACGGCAGUUGCAAGAAUGGUGGCAGUUGUAAAUACAAGCACCAGACGCCCAGCGGACGUGGCAGAUCGCAGUCACCCGGCGGAGGCCGAGGGAGAAGUCCUUCAAGACCCAACUCCCCGUCAGGAAAGCCUCGAGUGUGCAAGUUCUACAAACAAGGUCGUUGCGACCGUGGAGAGAAUUGCAAAUUCAUGCACACCGGAAAGCCAGGUGCCGCUGCUACACCCGACGGAAGUCAGAAGGGAUCUGCGCGCCCUGACAAGGGCAAGGACAAGAAGAAGAAGAAGGAACGCAAGGGCUCCAGGGCUAGCUCCAAGGGUUCUAAGGGAAGCAAGGGUUCGAAAGGAUCACAUGGCUCCGGGAACUCGAAGGGCUCAGCUCGAAGGAGGAGUGGCGGACCUUCUCUCCCUGCAGCAGUUUGCCUUCUAGGAGCAAUGAUGGCCGGCACGGCUUCCCAAGCCGACGCUUUUACUCUCCGGAAGGAUGAGUCGUACUGGCCCCCUCAGUGUUCCACUGACAUGCGUUUGGCGCUACCAGCAGUGUCUUUUGACAACAGCCCAAUGUACAUCAACUUCCCACUCAGAGAUGGAGAGCUUAAGUUCCCUGUUGAGAAUCCUCAGCGCAGGUAUGACAAGAAGUGGUCUGUUGACUACAUUCCCAAGCCAGACAAUCAAUCCACCAGAGAUGCACUUAUGGCCGCUCGCAUGUUGAGAGCUACGGUCAAAGACAGUCUGGAGGACAAACCAAGCCGUUGCAAUUACUGUUGCGAUACGGAGUUUGGUUGCAACUAUUGCAUUCCAAAAGGGUUGAGAGUGUCUUGUCCCGCUAAGGUUCAACUAUCAUCAGAAUCGCCACCCAUCGAAUGGAUUGGUGACACAGGGAGUGCUCAGGAUCUCAUCUCAGAGCGGGAGCUUGUGAAUCUGCAUCCGUACGAAUCGGACUGCCCAAUCAACAUUUGCACUGCGAAUGGACCGAGUUACGCAGGCACGCAAUGUGAUGUAGGGAUACCAUCCCUCAACAGCAUAGCCAAGCCUUAUGUUCUCCCCGACACUCCCAAUGUUCUUUCAGUAGGACAGAGAUGCAUGGAUCUGGGUUACGACUUCAUUUGGAAAGGAUUUCAGAGACCCUAUUUCAGGAGUCCGGGAGGUGACAAGGUUUUCCUUGAUGUGAAGGAUAACGUUCCGUACUUGAAGUCUUGGAAGGAGGGUAUCGCUUGUCCUGCCCAUUCAAGACACGAGUCUACUCGGAUCGAUACGGAUGAUGCUGUUGAGACCAUCACCAACCCUGAACAGAUUGCCGCGCAACUUAUCCAGGAGCAGGAUUUCUCCCAUCAGGCAUGCUUGCGAUUGCUGAAGGACUCAAACUUUAAGCAAUCUAGGUUCAACAGGAAAGCCAUCAAACCGAAGGACAGUAAGGACUCGAAGUACAUGAUUUUCGGGGCUUUUUCACAUGGGGGGAUGCAAGGGAUAACCAAUCGCACUCAUUCCUACCCCAAGGUGAUUAAGUACCUUCUGUCCUAUCUUAAACAUCAUGGAGCGGAUGGCCCAAUAACAUCGAUUGCUGUCAAUCAGAACUCAGGCGUUAAAAUGCACAAGGAUGUCAACAAUCACCGUGAACACCUCAACUACACCAUUGCAGUCGGCGAUUUCACCGGAGGCGAAUUGUGGAUUCACGAUGACACCAUCCGGAAGGAUGAGCCAGGUUGCAUCAACAAGAUCGCCCCCACUGGUGCCAAACUGGGAGGUCGUUUGCACAGGUCGAAGUCGAAGAUCAUUUCCUUCGAUCCAAAGACUUUCCAUUGCGUCACUCCCUGGAAGGGCGAGCGUUGGAGCAUCACGGGAUACGUCAAUCGCGCUGUGCACAGGCUGGAUUCGCAUCAGCUAGAGAAGCUUAAGUCACUGGGGUUCUUGCUGCCGAAACAGAAGAACUUCCCUCCAGCAGUGCCUGCGGAAAUCGAUGAGGAGAUGACUCUUUACGAGUUAGCUACUAUGGAUCCUCCAGCUCCGGUGAGCCGAGCGUCCUCCCUCCUCCUCCGGAAGGAGAGAGGCAUGCUCCAGAUGGGGAUCCUGGUGAGGGUAGUGGUGGGGAAGGACUUCCAUGAAUGCAUCAAGCCCAUAAGAGCAUACCAGUUCAAGGUGCCUGAAGGUGAUUUCACUUUUCCCAUGAAACAGAGGUACGAACGUGUGCAACAAGGUCUCGCUGCCGAUGCCCUCGAGCGACCAGCGACGGAGUCACUCCACAAUCAGGAGAAGGCCAUUGAUGAUGAGGCUCGAGAGCAAGCUUUGAGAGAUCUCGAGGACAUCAUAGCCGAUUGUGAUGAAUGGCGUCAUGUACGCAAGCGCAACAAGAAGCUCAGCUUCAAAUGGGUUGGUCGUACUGAGUUCGACAUCCUUACCAAACCCCACACUUCGGAAGAAGCUGUUAAAGAUUUCCCAUGUAUGCCUACGGUUCCCAUGUCCAAUCAUCAACAUAGGGACAAGAUCCCUGUUUCCCGCGCUCUUACUGCCGAGCAAGUUCAGGAAGCUAUGGCUAUGGUUGCCAGGCCAGUAGGAAGAAAAGAGCUGUUAGCUGAUCCUCAGGCCCAAGCUUCUCUUGACGUUGAAUGGGAAAAGUUGAUGAAGAAGAAAGCCUGGGACAUGUCAUCUGUUCGUGAAUGGGAAGAAGUCUCUAAAGAGGCAGCCAAAAGAGGAAAGAAGGCCCACGUUGGCAAAAUCUUUGAAAUCUGCGUGGAAAAGGGCAGUGAGCUUCCUAAAGGGAAUCCCUUACGGAAGUUCAAGGGUAGGACCGUCUUUCAGGGCAACAAUGUGAAGGACGAGAACAAUGACACCGCUCUCUUUAGUGAGCUGGGCUCUAGUCCCGCCACCAUGGAAGCGGGUAAGGUUCUCGACGCCUAUGGCCAUGCCCCCGGCCACGAUGUGGAACAGGGGGAUGGUAAACAGGCGUACACGCAAACGACUCUGAAAGGCGCUGACACUUGGGUCAGGCUCCCACGUGAGCGUUGGCCUAAGGAGUGGGUCGGCAAGUUUAGGGACCCCGUCGUCCGCCUCAGAUUGGCUCUUUACGGGCACCCAGACAGCGGGGGCUUCUGGGAGCAACAUUGCGAAAAGCGCUUGCGGGAGGUUGGUUUUGAGCUCGUGUUUCCCGCUGCAUGGCCAUCUGUCUUUUAUCAUCCCACAUUGAAGCUUUUAUUAGCCGUGUAUGUAGAUGAUUUCAAGAUGGCCGGGCCAAAAGAGAACCUAGCCAAGGGUUGGGAACUCAUCGGCUCUCGUUCUGAGGCCGCGCCAGACGAGCUCUGGGACACGGGGGGUGCUAAGCACAAACGUGAUCACUUAUGGACAGUCCCAGCGUGCCCAGCCAUCAUCACCUCGCCGACCAUGACCGAGUUUCUGACUGACGAGGAACGCCAGCAGCGUGUCGCGGAGUUCAAGCAAGCGCUAGUGGACCCCGACCGCCUGGCUGACGCCAUGGCUGGCAUCCUUCUUCCACGGAGUUUCAGUGACCUGGCGGAAGCUGUGGUUGAGCCACAGGAUGACGAUGCUGACGACGACUUAUUUCUCGGCACAAUUCCCAUCUACCGCUGGCGGGAGCUGCGUGAAGAGGACCCUUCGUCCCAUUGGACGGUGCUUUACGAGCGAUUCUAUCGCAAGCACGGAGUCCGUGUGUUUUCGGAGACCGAGAUUGAUGCCUCCGUGCUUCGUGACUCCACCCUGGGGGGUUGGAUACAGAUCCUUUACCGACAUGCUCAGGAUCUGGCCACCCUGGCGUUUGGACCGAAGGCGGGCGGUGCAAUCGAUUCCACUAAGCACUAUGACAUUUGCCGCAGAAUUGCCAAUCUUAGCGUAGGCGCUUCCGACUUCCAAUAUUUUGCGAAGACUUCGAGUCUUGUCGAGAAGCUCUUUACUCCUGCCCUUCAGCGCAUUUCACUCCCUCCGGAAGAGAGGCGACGGUUCUUGAUCGUCGGAGACUCUUCCCUUGCGUUGUGCCAUUACACGGGGCGGAAGCCUACGCACCGCAUGACCAUUGAGCCGCUCAUGCAAGACGUUUUCAGGAACAAUCCAGAAGUGGAGAGCCUAAUCUACUCAAUGAAGUGGGGGUAUCACCUCGACCAGCUCAUCGAUGAGGCGCUCAAGCACCUUAACGAGGCGAGGGAUCACCACCCGGAAGGGGCGGCUACCCACAUCAUUUUUGGAUGGUCAGGAAACGAUGUAUGGGGCCAACACGGCUAUCAUGGCUACACUUGGCAUCUUCAGAGCAAGUUCACAAAGCGAACAGCCGAGGAGCUCGAGCAGAUUGACACUUGGCCUGCAAAGCAGAAGCUUCGUGUUGAUCGGGCGUGUGAGAGAGCGUGCAAGCUCCUCCACCGGACUGACGUCUCGGGUGUGUCUUUCUUGAUGGGCAGCCAUCACUCCUGUUUCUUCCCGGUCGGGGAGCUCUAUGACAGGUGCAUGAAGAAUCACGCCCGAGAUCUGAUGAGCGGAGGAUGCACCAUCAUUGACCCUGUGGAGCUCUAUGAGCAGACCAGCAGGCCUGAUGGCUUCCACGCUGACGCGUCGGAUCAAAAUCUGCAGAGCACCCUUAGGUGGCACGCGGCGAUGCUCCGCGGCAUACUCACAGAUUACCGCCUUCUCGCUGUUGAGCAGCAACUCAUCGCAAAUCAAAGAGAAGCCGUUUUUCAUGCACACUUUGUGUUGAACAAGCCCGAACCGUUCCUCACCGUGCCCCCUGCGUCCGGUAGAAUCCUUUCCAAGAUUGUCGAUUCACCGGACCCACCUCUGGCGAGGGAGGCAGAAGAGGAGAUUGUGUUGGCCGGUCCACUCCUGGCGGAGGCGGAGUACGAAGUUGUCGACGACGACUCGGCUCAGAGCUGCAAUCCGCAGCCCAUCACUGAGUUAGACUUUGCCAGGAAUGACACCAGGCCUGGCGCAGGUUGCGUCCUCGCGAUUGAAGACAGCGACCCGAUCAACGUGGUUGCUGAGGAACACCUCGUCAUGGCCAACCAAGCGGCAGAGGGCAUCACGCAGGAAGAACUCACCGCGGUCGCGGCUGAAGAGGAAAUUACCCUCCUCAGUCAAUUCGUGGAGCAGGAUGAUGAUCCAUAUGAGAAUGCCGACACCUACUCCUUGAAGAGAGCUGAAGUGGUCGCGCCUCCUUCUCCCGUGGUCGUCAUCAGUGACCCCGACGCCCCUCAGCCGAGCGAGGCCGUUUCUCAGGCACCCCUUGUCCCCAAGGCAAAGCCGAGGCCUCCCACGCUGCCGCGUUGGGUUACUGCCGAUCAGCUCCCCGAUCUGCCGGAUGAUUACCGUUUCCUCACGGAGAACGCCCGGGUCUGCUUGUCGAAGAAGAUGUCCUUCCUUGCCCGGGGAUUCGCCAAUCGGCGAGCGCCAGAAAUGGCGGUCCACAUCUCAGCCAGGGACAAUUCUAUUGAAUGGUCCGAAUUUUUCGAGAAGUUGGGAAUGAUGUGGAGAGGCCUCCGUGUGGAGCACGUGGUGGACGUCCUCAAAUCCACUCACGACAAAGUGCGGUUCGAAGUCAAGGUUGUCAUUAAACCCGACAGGGAGGUCCAGCUGCGUGCCUUUAGAGCGAUUCAGGGGCACGACGGCAUACUCCUCUCGGAAGAGACGGACGUGAUGGCACUGAACACCCACUCGCUCAACUUCCAUGAGUACCGGCACUACAUCACUGACAUGACAAGGCCGUACCAAAUCGCCCAUGAAGAGAACCUCACGGUUGAAGAUGAGAUCAUCAGGCUCGAGGACCUCAAGUUCGCCGACAACGCACCGCGGCCCGAGCCACUGGCGGAAGCCAAGUGGGGUUCCACGCUCAAGGUGUGGUUCUCCGCAAAGGGCAUCCGAGUGGAUCGAAAGUACCGCUCCGAGCUCGACCAUUUCAUCGUCCAGGAGCUUGUUUCCUUUCCCUGGUUUUACUGCACCAGUUGCCGUAAACAUUACAUCGAUGGAAUGAUUGAGUGCCAGUUCUGCGGCUCCAGAAUCGCAGCUGAGAGUGACAUGGCACAUGUUGCCGAACCCAGCAAACGACGCCUGGAGUCCUCCCGGAAGGGACGGAACAUCGACAUCAUGUCGAUCGCCCCCCGGCCGGGGUUGGCAAUGAACCGGCACCGUGCAGAGCGAGGAACGCGCGAAGCACAAGAUCAAAGUCUCCCUGCAGCAGUACGCAGCAAAUGCGUGAGCAUGAGAAAAUCGGCAAUGAAGAGGGGAGGCCAGUCGAUCGCUGACGCUCUCACCAAUCCCCUCGACGCCUACAAUUUUGCGUCCCGUGGUAUGGGUAUCACUUCAUUGGCCCAGCUGGACAUGUUCGCCCAUUUGCACAAUCCAGCACCCGGGGCUGAUGCCAACGAGAGGAGAGCAUUCGCUGGCACUCACCGGGCUGACGCCAGAGUCUCAAUCGCCUAUCGUCCGGGAGACGACCGAGUCUCAUUGGAUGAAGCUUUCUUUGUGGCCUUUCAGUCAAGGCUCUAUCUCAUUGAUGAGAUAUCCAUGAUCAUCUAUGCCACCCAGCAGUCCCCGGAAGGGCGACAGAGACCCUUCACGAUUCUCUCUUACGAUGGUGACUUGUUCACACCAAGGGUAGGCACCGUCUCAGAAGUGAUGGCGGAGGUCAGUCGUUUCUUCCAGGAUCAACUUCCCCUGAGCGGAAGCCGUCAGGAUCCUGCACCACGCCACGUGGACUUGGCUCGAUCUCUCCGCAUCCCUGACGGGUUUGCUUGCCUCGGUCAGACCCAAUUGAAUGAGCUGCUCCGCGAUACCAGGUUUUACCAGCGGUAUCUGCACUCCAACCGUGUCGAGCCGGAGUGGAUUCGUCCCACGAGAGCGUCCUCACUCGGAAUGAUGCGACCUCCUCCUCCUCCCACAGCUGAUCGCAGAAGCUCAGCGCCGGCCCGUCGCCCAGCGGAAGCUGAAGGCUACCGCCCACCGACAGCAAAGUACGGGCCUUCUAUGGGAGCGAGGGAGCGCACGCCGUCAAGGGCUACAUCGAGGGGCAGAUCUCCAGGUCUCAGCUCAGCAAUGCCUGCGAGGCCACCGCCACAGCGCAGGGCUUCGACCCCGCGGCCUCCGCCAGUGCGACGCCCGGGUUCCCCUGGAGAGGUGCGCACAUCCCGCAGACGCGUGGAUCCCACUGGACCAAGCAUGACGGAAGGAGAAUGGUUGGCCGAGAGGCGCAGCCGAGUCGAUGUCGAGAUUGGGAAAAGGCUCAGCAUUCUUCAGGAACUCUUUGCUGACCUUCCAGAGCACUACCCUUUCGACCAUGAUGGUGAUCUCAUCGACCCGACGCGGACGCGCUCGAGCACCUGGACCCUUCUUGACGGGUACUACUGGGCCAUGCUCAAGGCCCGGGAUGCGCACUGGGUGUCGGAAGAAGAGGUGGUGAACGCCCUUCCUGCUUGGGGAAACCCAGGGGGGAUCGUCGUCUACGACUACGACCACGUGUUGUGGUAUCUCAGAGGAUGGAAACACCACGUCACGAAUCCACACACUGGUGUGCAAGAGAGGCGGUACUAA